CGCCCGCCCGCCGCCAGGGGCCGUUGUGGCGCCCGCCCACCUCCCGGGCCGCUCCUUCCCGCCACCUCACUCGUGCCCAAGAUGGCGGCCGCGGCGCUUCUCCGGGGUGCGGCUCCGGGGCGUGGCGGCCUGUCCUGGCGUUGGCGGUUGCUCACGGUCCCGAGGCACCGCCUAGCCCACGGCUCGAGCCGUCACGGCGGCGACGCUGAGGGCGGCGCGGCCUGGGCCUGUUUCCCGCUGGGCGAACGCGCCCUGGUGCGCGUGCGCGGGCCGGAGUCGGCUCCUUUCCUCCUGGGGCUGCUGACCAAUGAGCUGCCGCUUCCGGGUCCUGCGGACGGUGCCGCGUCGACCCGGGCGAGCGCGGGUUAUGCCCACUUUCUCAACGUUCAGGGACGUACGCUGUAUGACGUCAUUCUUUACAGGGUCCCCGAGCGCCCCGACCAGGCGCCUGCCUUCCUCCUGGAGUGUGACAGCUCGGUGCUGGGCGCGCUACAGAAGCACCUGGUGCUGCACAAGAUCCGGCGGAAGGUCACAGUGGAGCGGUGCCCUGAGCUGUGCGUUUGGGCCCUGCUGCCCCCCUCCCCAGAAGAGGCAGGUAGAGCUGCACUGCUCCCGGGGCAGGAGAGUGCUGCCAUCCUCACCCCAGACCCCCGCACUGCCUGCAUGGGCUGGCGGCUCCUCGCUCAGGAUGAGGGCCCCGCCCUGGUACCUGGGGGCCGGCUUGGGGAUCUCCAGGAUUAUCACCGGCACCGGUACCGGCAAGGCGUUCCCGAGGGAGUCCAUGACCUGCCCCCAGGAGUGGCCCUGCCCCUGGAGUCCAACCUGGCCUUCAUGAAUGGCGUCAGCUUCACCAAGGGCUGCUACAUCGGCCAGGAGCUGACGGCCCGUACCCACCACAUGGGCGUCAUCCGUAAACGCCUCUUCCCUGUACAGCUCUUGGGCCCCCUCCCUGUGGGUGGCAUUGCCCCCGGUACUACGGUGCUCACAGAGUCUGGACAGGCUGCCGGCAAGUACAGGGCCGGCCAGGGGGACGUGGGGCUGGCCCUGCUGCAGUCAGAGAAAAUUAAGGGCCCUCUCCAUAUCAGAACCGCUGGGAGUGGCCGGGUGGCCCUGACUGUGUCUGUGCCGGACUGGUGGCCCACAACCAAGUAGCUCAGAUGUCCCUAUACUCCCACACAUGCAGGCUGUCUCGAACUUCCCAGAGUGGCCCCGGGGGACAUGUACCGUUAGACAGUCCCUGAGUGUACAUGGGCUCCUGGGGCUGCAGGCAGCCAGGCAGGCUGCGGUGCCAGGCCUUGCAGCCCAUCAUGCUUCGUGCAGACACCGGCCUCUCCUGGUGGCUCUGUGCUGGAUGUAGCAGGAGCAAGCCCUGCGUCCACCCUUGCUGCGUGGAGUCCCAGCUUCCAGCAGACCGGGACGAGGUUCCAAACCAUGUUGACCUGGAGGUCGUUUGUCCUUCAGCCGAGGACAGAGUAAGGAGCCACACUCCUGGGCCUUCCCUGCUGCCCGCACUGCUCAGCCUGCUCAGGGCGGGCAUGGGAUGGAGGCAGUGCAGCCUCUGCAGAUGGCAUGAGACAGGUGGCUCUGGGAAUUAGCUUCCGUGUGGGUUUGGGACCUGUCUUAGGGCAGGAGUCAUGUGCAGUGCUGGCGUCCGUGCUAGAGGUGUGUGCCCUGCCCACCAGCCCCACAAAAGGUUCUCCGAAGUGUACUCUGCCCGGGGCGUGGAAGGCCUGGCACCUUGUCACGGCAGGAGCCACAGCUCCAUAGUAUCAGCUCCAUGUGGCCUGGGCAGCCCCUCCUCAGCGACCCCGUGUGAGCUCAGUGGGCCGUGUGCAGGGAGGAGCUCCCGCCUGGUUUACUGUUGCGGCUUUCUGAUGUGGCAAGGGUACCACUUGCUUCCCCCUUUAAACCAUUGAUGUCCUUUCUCCCACUGCACUGUGAACGUUGUGUUUAUCGGUGACCCACCGAUGCCCCAGAGCGGCUAUUAAAGGUUGACCCACAAGUGGCCCAUGUGGAAUUCUGGUUUCAUUUUGGUUGGAAGGCUCUGGGACUUGGUUUUGGACAGACUAGAUACAUUGAGAACCUCUCCCUUGAACAGCUGAGCACACCGGGUAACAUAUUUUAGAAUUCCUGGGUUUCCUGGGCUGACAAGAAGGUAAGAAUCUGGGAUAGUGAGGGAGCACCAGGACUCUGGGGGCUCUGAGCUGUGGUCCGCAGCCCAGCGCAAGGAGGCAGCCAGGCCCACCCCGGGAGGAGGGCUACACCGGAAGGCCACAUCCUGGUGCCAGGCAGGGCGGCAGGACCCCAGCAAGAACCUGUAGCCAAAUGCAGCUUGGAGUUGCCCCAGGAGGAGAUGGGGGCGCCCGAGGGGGAGGGGGCCCAGAGACGCAGUGGGGCAUUGAAGGUGAGAGAGAUGGGGGUGCAGACCCCACAAGGCAGUGCUGCCCCCCAAUAUCGAGAGCAGAUGGUCAGGCAGGUGUGUACUAUCCUGACGCACAUCUCCUGAGGUGGACAGAAUUAAGGCAGGUCAGCUUCUGCACAGGAACGACAUGGUCCUCACAACAUAGAAAUUAAGGACUCAAGAGCCCCUGUGCUGAUGGCGUGGUGGCCGUCCCACCCCGGCCAAGACCAGAACAGCCACCUGUCCCAGCUCUGCCUCUGGCACCUUCUUUGCAUGUUUUCUUUUCCUGACAAUUGGGUGACGUAGAGGUGAGAUGCUAAGGGGAAACUGCAUCACCGUUCAGGAGCACAUGCGACGGGGCAGCUGCCGCCCCCGGGGCUGGUCUUUACAGAGAUGCUGAGCCAGCUCAGGACUCCAGUUCCCUCUGCAGCUGUGUGACCGCAGCCUGGAGGCCCGCCUUGCAGACCAGGCUGCCCUGUCGGGUGAGUUGUCAGAAUAGGGGAGUUAGUUGAUGUUGGAAAAGACACCACAUAUUUGGUGUUAGAGGAAAAAACCCACAGAUUCUGUCUCACCAUUAAUUGGCAAAUCAAGUCACCAAAAGUCAGUAAAGAUAACAUAAUAACAGAUGGACAUGCUUGAUCUAAAGCAUCAACUGUUGCACUCAGUGAUUAGAGAAUACACAUUCUUAUCAAAAACACAUGGAAUAUAAGAAUUAACCUUGUUCUUGGCCCUACAGAAGGUUUUCAUACAUUUCAAAGAGUUGGUUUCAUAAAGACCAUAUCCUUUGACCACAAUUCUAUUGUUGACUACAAUAUCAAAAAGCUAACUAAAAAUCCUUAUUACACUUGCUUCUAAAUACCUCAUGGGUCAAAGAUAAAAACUGUAACAAAUUAUAAGCUACUUAGAAAUGUAAUAACAGUUAAAAUACAACAAAAUUUGGUUGUGGAUGUAAAUUUAUUAGGGGUUAACUAUAGCUUUAGUCAUUUUAAAAAAGACUGAAAAUCAGCUAUGCCUCCAACUUAAGGAGUUAACAAAAUAAUAGAAUAGACUCAAAGAAAGUAAAAAGAAGAAAAAUAAGAAGUGAAACCCAAAACAGAUGAGCAACAAAGCCAAAUAUUUUGAGAUCAACAGGAGGAUGGGUGUGGGAGGAGGGCGAAGGGGAGGUAGGCGGGGGUCUGGGGGCCCUCCCGCUGCCUGGCCUUCGUGGGAACCCCUCUCCUCCAGGACUUCUGCGUCCUCAGCUGUUGACUUUCCAGAAAUGCUCAUUUAAAACACACAGUUUGUCCCAUUUUCUUUCAGGCUUGUCUGUGCAUUGUUUCUCUGUGUGGCUGAGAUCAUACCAUACAUAAUAGUUUACGGUUUCGUGUUCUGUGUUCUUUUCCCGCAUAGCAUGAAUGCUUUUCCCUCUGUCGUCACCAUGAAUGUUUUUGGUGACGUGCAGUGAUAUCGCUCUGUUUGCUCAGCUAGGCUACUGAUGGAUAUUAGGUGGGUUUCCUUUGUUCUUUUCUUUUUAGGUAAAUAAUGCAUGCUAUAAGUCUUCCAGAUAGAUCUUGUGAGAUGAUUUCCUCUUGACUCACAUUUUAGGUGACUUGGUCAGCUGAAGGCAUGGGCGGGAUGCUGGCACCCUAGUGGGUGGCACAUGACCAAUUGUGUUCUUUUCACUGGUGCAAGGAGCGUUUAUAAAUAGCUUUGAGAAAAAUUAUGGAGUGGGAAGGCUGAGACUGAGUUGGAUGGAGACCCCAUUUUAAGAGGCCGGUCCCCAGAGCUGAGGGGAGGCAGCCGGUGGGCACCAGAACCCGGAGUCUCAUGCCCUGCUGGGGGAGCCCCUUUCUGUGAUGCUUGUUUAGACCUGCUUUCUCCACCAUUUUAUUUUGAAAACAUCUAACACACAAAGUGAGAGUUUCAUAGUAAACACCCAAUGGACAUGCCCGAUUCUUGAUGAGCUGCUGCAGACUAGGCUCCUUCGGGUGUCAGUUCCCCCCAUCGAGUCCUGCCUUGGCCCUUCCUAUUUUUCGAUGCGUUUCCAACCAAGCAAGUGCAGACAUCAGCCCCUCACACUAACACCUUUGUCAACAUCACUUACGGUUCUUUUUUCCUCUUGGAGGUAAAAGUUCCAUUCAGUGAGAUGCACAAAUCCUGCUUGACGGACUCUGAGAGAUGCAUACAACCGAGCAUCUCAGACCGCAGGAAGGUCUGGAACAUUCUGUCUCUGGCUGUGACAUCUCUCUCCUACUCCUUCCCAGUGUGUCGCUGUGCCCCAACUACCACAGAUACGCUGCCCAUUAGGAAGUUUCGUGUGGGUGCAGUCCCGGGGCUGCACCCUCGCUCAGGCCACCCUCUCAGCAUGGUUUUGAGAUUCCCUGGUGCUGUGUGUCCCCACUGUGGUCCUUUAUUGCCAACUAGUGCUGUUGGAUGGGUGGACCACAGCUGCUUCUAUCGAGGGGCCCCUGCGAUGUUUGCAGUUUGGGCUGUUCAGAGGAAACCAGCUCUCAGCAUACCAAUGAACCGUGGCCAGACUGCCUAUAAAAAUAGAACUCUGCCCCACAAUCUGCAGCCACCUGCCUAGGAAACCAGCCCACCGUCCCCAGCAGCCCACCUGGGAAAUCGGCUGCCAUGAAUCACCCUUGCGGGAUAUCAGGCUGCUGCCUCUUGUGACAGACAAUCCAGGACGCACGCUUCCAGUCAGCCGCCAGCUCCUGGGGCCACAGCCCGUCAGGGCACACCUGGAGCCUUCCCUGUCUCCACCGGGCUUGUGAGGAUCUCUUCUCAUGAGUGACGGUGGCCAACUCCAUUCCUGCAGUGAGCUCUGAGGUGUCACGAAUGCUGUGACGAUUGGACGUGUCAUCCCAUCUCCCUAGUCACGGUCUGUCAUGUAUAUACACAGGAGAAGCCCGGUGGAGCACUGUCGAUAUGCAAAUUUGAGCAAAUUACUCCAGCCCCUGUGCACCUAAGGUCGCGCUGCUGUAAAAGGAGAAAACACCAUGGUGGGGGCGGGGGGAAUCCAGGAAGAUCUUGACGUGAAGCCCUGGAAAGUGUUACACAUCUUGGUUUUCCAUACAGGUCGUGUGCUGGCUUCACCUGCAUUAUUCACAAGUGAGUCAAGCAUCAUAAACAUCUUCCCUUUAAAGCUUACAAGGGAACUAAACCCUCUCCGCUGAAUAUAUAACUGCAUCUUUACGAGGGCUUGUAAGGUGACAUGAGGGACACCCUGGGGACCCACUGGUUUUGCAUCCACUUCCCUGAGGAUGGGAGUGACGGUCCGAGGGCCACAGUGAUGGAGAAUGAGUCACGGCCCGGGCACUCUCCAAGCAGGGGUCUCCCCAGACAGACACUUAAAGCCUCAGGGGACCCGGUGGGCGAUGGGAAUCCACUCCUACAUCACGGUUUCCUUGGUUGCAGCAGGCACAUGGAUUGUUGAUACACCAUGUCGGACGGUGUGUGCAGUACACCCUGCAAGAACAGGAAUACCGAGGAGAGUAGACACCCUGUAAAUGGCAAGAGAUGCACUGGGCCCUGGGAUCCAUCCCCAUGCAAAGGAGUUGGGUGUUUCUUAAAGAGGAAGAGGUCUGGAGCUCCCAUCUCCUGGGACUGAAGACACAGGCCUGUCCUCCACUUGAAUUGUGGGGACAAAUGAAACAGAGCAGAAAAAGAGGGUGACUGUGGAGGACACAGGACGGGGAGGGGGGCGACUGUGGAGGACACAGGACAGGGAGGAGGACAUUUUUUCUUUGUAAAAAUGAUCAAGAGCACACGUGCACUUCCUCCGGGCCUCACUUCUUCCAGGAGAGCUGGCCAGCAUGGAUGUCUACUUUGGGCCUUACACCACCGCCCAGUGCAUCUGGUGUGGGUCCCCAGGGCCGUGCUAUGUUGACUGUGCCCCUUCUGGGAUUCUCCUUCCUCACUGUGUGCUAAGGACCAAAUGUCUCCCCUCAAAUUCACAUUUGAAGUCCUAACCCGCAUGUGACCUAAGAAGCGUCCCUUAGCAAACACCCAUCUGCUAGCACCUUCAUCUUGGACUUGCAGCCUCAGGAACUGUGAUCAAUAAAUGCUGUUAAAGUCCCCA